GUUCUGACAAUUUCAUAUGAUAUUACUUCCGAGAAAAGGGAAAUUCUCAACUUCAUUCUAUGGGAAUAAAACAUAACUAUAUACGUAUAUAACAAUUGGAUUUAAUAAAGAUAUUACUAAUAUUGUGUGUUACCAUGUCGUGGAGAAUAACGGAAGCCAAUGGUAGCUUUUUGACAAGUUCAUCACUAACACGUGAAGAAACCACAGAACAACCAGGUGGGCCAGCACCAACCCCAACUGAUAAAACACUGACUCGAAUUAUUUCAACAAUAAAUCAUGAAAAUUUGGAUUAUUUUCAAGAAUCAUUUAAUAAAUGUCAAUUAACCAUAAAAGAUAUUCUUGAAAUUCUUGAACAUCUUACAUCAUCAUGGUUGAAAUAUCAAAGAAGUUAAAGUCAUACAACAUGAACGAAAGAUGAAUAAAUCAGCAGAUACAAGUAUAUAUUAAUAAAAAUAUGCAUCUGUCACUUAUGGUACAUUAUUUAAUGAUCACGUUUUAAAUAAAUGAAUUAUCUUUAUUGAGUUGUAUUCCUGUACAUAACGUUCUGUAAUUGUUAAGAAAUAGACCUUCGAACAAUUUAUCUUUAUUCAGAACGCAUGUAUGGUUAAUGUAAUGAUGAAUUGUUUUUAUUAUUACUGGAUAUAGAUUUUAUUGUAAUCUUUACCUAAAUAGAUCUUUAUUAAAAGCAUUCAAUUAUGUGUGAUAGAGUAUCUAAUCAAUCUGAAACAUUAACGAAUAAAAAGCUUAUCAAUUAUCAUUUAAACGAAUAUACCUCGUUUUACUAGAAAAUUCUGUCUUUUAUUUAUAUUUCCAUGUUAAUAUGAAAUUAAAAAAAUAAAUUAUUUUGUGAUU